UUUAGUAAGUUGUGGACCUUGUGGUGAAGAGAUUACACAGUUGACUUGACUCUUAUAGUUGUAAAGCAAAUUCUCAUUGCUUUUCUGCAACAACCACUCAUCAGCAAUGGCUUCAGGCACAGAGGAACGGAUAAAAAAGAUAUUGGGGUUGCUGAAGAAUGAUGAUGUCACAACAGUCGUUCUUGACGGGAAGCGUGGAGUAGGGAAAACAUGGACGGCAAAAGAGAUAAGCAUGCAGAAAGACUCAAUAUUCCAUGACAGUCUAUGGCUAUAUCUGAAUAACAAAUAUGACAGCAAGUCUCUUCAUGAGAACCUUGCCAGGCAGAUGUCUCUAUUCUCUAUUCACGAGGAAUGCGAAGAUGAUGAUGUUGAGGAGGAGGAGAAGGAGAUCUUGGAAAUUUUGAAGCUGAAAAUAUCCAAGAAGCUUCAAGAUGUGAUAUCUGCAGCACGUACAAAAAAGAAACCUUUUCUACUGAUUCUGGAUGAUGUUCCCCAUGAGCGGGAUGCAGAAGAGAUUAUGACAGAACUGAAGAAACUGCUGAAUCCACCAAAUGACCUCAGACGUUUAAAGGUCUUAAUCACUAGAGAUGAAAGUGAUGGCAAACUUACAGCAGAGGGGAGCAACAAAGAGAUUCGGACCAGCAAUACAAGGAACAUAUAUGUAGAUCAAUUGUCUAUAGAAGAGUCUAAGAUCUUAUUGAAAGAAAAAGUCAAGAAAGAAAUUUCUGACUCUCCAAGCUUUGAAAUACUAUCAAAUUUUAUUGUGGAGAGGAGAAAGUCCAUGCCUAAUGAAAUCAUCACAAUAGCUGAAGCAUUGAAUUACAUUGGGCAUAUUGAUUCUGGGGUUUGGUCCUUGGACAGUGUCUUCGAAGCAGCAGCUAAUGAUGCAGAAGUUGCAAUCAAUCUGCUAUUUCGCUCCUGGUAUGACACGUUGCUAAGCGAUGUUACAAUAAACUGUUUCUGGCAUAGCGUGCAACUUUUCUGCAAACAUGUUGGUGUGCAUUACAAUGAGUUGAUCACUCAUUGGAUAAUGGAAGGAUAUGUUGGAUGCAUUGAUCAUAUUGAGAAAGCCUAUGAAAAAGGACAUGAUGAGCUGAUGAAGCUCAUAGAUUGUGGCAUGCUAAGAAAGCAAGAGGAUAAUAUGGUUAUCAUGGGAGGAAUGGUUUCGAGUAUCACUGAUCAACGCCGUCGAGAAUUUAAUGGGACUGCAAACCUCGGAUUGGCUAAUGUGUUUGAAGAUGACAAGUGGGAAGGUCUUGGGAGGCUCACACAUGCGGAUGGUAUGAUAAAAUCACCAUGCAGUCCUAAAAGCUGGGAGAAAGUCUUGACACUUCUGAUGGAUGGACGUUCCCUUGGCAGAGAAGUCCCUGGAAGAUACUUUCAGCCCAUGCAGAAGCUCCAGGUUUUUACUGUAUUUAAUCCCAGGUUUAAAUCCCUGCCUUUAUCCUUGACUAGCAUAAAGAGUCUUUCUAUUCUUGUGCUUAGAUGUUGUGAUCUCUUGGAGAAAAUUGAUCAUAUCGGAAAACUCGAAAACUUAAAUGUUCUUGAAAUAUCUGGUGCUACUUGCUUGAAGGUUAUUCCUGAUGAUCUUUUUGCAAACAUGCCUCACCUUCGAAGCCUUAACCUUUCUGAAUCCAAGGUCAGAUCACUACCUAGUUCUCUCUUCAAUAAAAGUGAACUACGGUGGCUUAUCCUUAGAGGAUGUGCUCAAUUAGAAACACUUCCAAGCUUAAAAUCUUUUAAGAACCUCAAGGUGCUUGAUCUAUCUGGUGCUCUCUCUUUCCAAAAAUUCCGAGACAAAACCUUCAAACCACUUGUGAAACUUCAAACAAUUGAUCUUUCCAAUUCCCAAAUUAAUCACUUACCUUUUCUUCACAAUCUUGAUGAGCUCACUCGGCUCCUUUUAGGUGGCUGUGCACACUUAACAAGAUUGCCCACUUUGAACACUCUACCUCGGCUUCAGAUUCUUGAUCUUUCAGGUGCUACAGGUUUGAAAGAAAUGCAGGACGAACCAUUAGAUGGACUUAAUGUCCUUGAUUUAUCCAGCACUCAAAUUAGUAGCAUACCUUCAAGCACAAGCAACCUUUCUGAUCUCUACUUAAGAGAUUGUUCUAAGCUUGUGAAACUGCCAGUCAUAAAAGCAAUGAAAAAGCUUGAACUACUUAACCUUUCGGGUUCUAGCAAUUUGGCUGAAAUUGAAGAUAAAUCCUUAGAAGAUAUGAGGUUCCUUCGAGUUCUCAACUUUUCGAAAGUCAAAGUAAAAGCACUGCCGUCCUUGUCCAAUCUAGUUAACCUUCGCCAACUCUUGCUAAUGGAUUGUUCAUGCUUAGAAAAAUUGCCAGAGAUGGCAGGCCUUAAAAGACUCCAGGAGCUUAAUCUUUCUGGUUGUGUGGCAUUGGUUGGUUUGCCAGACCUCAAAGCCUUUGACAAGUUAGAGAUUCUUGAUGCUUCAGGUUGCAGGGAUUUGAAAGAAAUACAAGAUAAAUCCUUUGAGAACAUGUCUUAUAUUCAGACACUCAACCUAUCAGACACUAGGAUUGAGUUCCUUCCAUCUGUUCCCAAAGCCAGCAACCUCCGUCACCUCGUACUCAGAAAUUGCCAAAACUUAAAAGACCUUCCUCCUCUUGACCAUCUGUUGAAACUUGAGGAACUCAACCUAUGUGGUGCCAUUAAUUUAAAUGGCAUUAAAGCUGAAUUCCUGGAGCAGAUGGUUCACCUCAGAAUUCUUGACCUAUCUGGAGCCCCACUUACAAAGCUACCCUCCAUGUCCAGACUUACAAACCUCAGACAGCUCUCCCUAAAAGGUUGUUCAUCCUUAGAAACUGUGCCAAAUCUGGAAGCAAUAACUUUGCUUGAGAUUCUUGAUCUUUCUGGAACAUCAAUUGGGAGUCUGCCACCUCUAAACAUUUUUAACCACCUCUGCCAGCUCUUGCUAAAAGAUUGUUCGGGGAUAAAAGAGUUGCAGAAUCUGAGUUCUCUUGGUCGUCUGGAGGUUCUUAAUCUGUCAGGAACCAGAAUAGAAAAAUUUCCCUAUGAGAUAUCUGAGUUGACUGAUUUAAAGCACCUUGAUCUGCCAGACUUGAAGAGUAUGCAUGAUAUUGACUUGGGAAAGAUAAAGCGUAUACCACAAGAGGUGAACUGUGACAAAGGUGGCAUCUUUGAGUGUGCUGAUAUUGGUGGUGACAAGCCUUCCAUAUCUGUAAGUGGUUCUACAAUUUUUCAGUUUUUGGAUGAAAAUCCACAGUUGUGGGAAACAAAGUUCAAAAGAUUUCAUUUCUCUGUGAUCGAGAAGCAAGGCGAAGAUGGAGAUAUCAACGGCUGCAAAGAUGAACUUUUCUUCAGAGAUCUGUACUCCUACACCAGGCAUUUUCCUAAAGAGCACGAUCGGUCUUUGGAAAUCCAUGGAUCAUAUAGUCUUCCUAAAGGUUUUGAAAGUGUCCUGCAGCAUGCCGAUUAUAUAUCCUUGGUUGAUAAUGACCGUAUAAGUUGCCUAUCUGAAAUAGGUGCUGAUAAUGUGAAGGUAAUGAAAGGCUGUUGGAUUGAGAGAUGCAGUGAAAUUAAGAGCAUUCUUCGUGGAGAAGAGGCAGAUGUCAGACUGGGGAGCAGUUUAGAGAUUCUUUGGAUUUCAAACCUUCCAAAGUUGAGCAGUCUAUACAAUGGGAAAGAGGAUCUGGAGUGCUUUAAGAACCUUAAACAUUUGUAUCUAGAUUGCUGUCCAAUGAUUGUGAGCGCCUUUCCCUCAUCCCAGCUGCUAGAAAACCUCGAAAUUUUCCAUGUUCAAUUUUGUGAGAGAUUGACAACUUUGUUUGAAAGUGAUUCACCAUCUGGAUCUACAUUGAAAAAGUUGAGGACGUUGUAUCUGUUGGAACUGCCAGAGUUGACGCGCAUUGGGAUAAAAUUGCAAGCUCAAGUGACUUUGGAAGUUAUGGAAUGCCCUAAGUUGUCCGAGGACCAGCUUGAUGUGGAUAACCGUUUCUCCAAGUAAUUCUAUUGGCUUUCAACAUAGCAAACAUUCCAAUGUCAACGUUGAGAAAAUCUAGCGAAAGAUUACUGCCCACGAAGAUGUUUCUGAAGUUUCUCAAGCUCAGCUAUGGAAAUUGGUUUCUGGUCAUGUUGUUGGCUCACUCUCAAUACAGUUAUCUGCAGGCCACCUGUAGCAAGAUCAGUGUAAGAACCUGUGCCCAAUUACCUACGAAGAGAGUUCAUCUACUUCACCUACACCAGCUCACACUCUUCACAGGAGCUCCUUUAAUAGCUUGUUUGAGUAUGAUGCUUGCUGGACAUGUAGUUGGGCUUGUCCCAUUGUUUUAGCGGCUUCUACCCUGACAUUAAUGCAGUACUCUUUCAGACUCUCUUACACACGAGGCUCGUGAACACCCCCUCUUCUUCAACACAGAUCCAGACCAAACAAUGUCGCGGUUGUGGUGCUUUUGAUCUUACAAAAACCUGCUUCACUUGUAGAGAGUGCAACUUCCAUCUGUGUAUUUCAUGUGUUAAACUACUGUUGAAGAAUGUAUUGGAAACUGACAAAGUAAAAAUACAAUUUAUAUUGAGUGGUUCCACUACUAAUAGUUUUAAUUUUUCUUUU